AUGGUCUACUGUGGGAAACCCUCUAGGGGGUGUCAGAUGUGCAGGACGCGCAGAAUCAAGUGUGAUGAGACGAAGCCUACCUGCAACCAAUGUGCCAAAUCGCGGAGGCAGUGUCCUGGGUACAAGGACGAGUUUGAUUUGGUCUUUCGCAACGAGACCAAAGCCACGGAGCGGAGAGCCCAGAGGGCAAACCAAAAGGCGCUGGCACAAAAGACGGGGAGGCCAGAUCCGUCCGUCGACGACUCUCCAGGCCAGCUCGUGUCUCCUGUCUUCCAAGACAGCAUCAAGUCACCACUAGAGCGGACCGUAGCGCGCUCAUUAAACGUGCCUGUGGAACACCGCGCCAGUUGUCACUUCGUCUCCAACUUCAUUCUGAUACCACCCCAAGAGGGAGCCACGGCCGGGUUCUUGGACUUCGUCAUCCCCCUUUUGAAGCAAGAUGGUCCCCGGAGCCAUCUACAACAUGCUUUCAAUGCGUGCUCGAUGGCUUUCAUGGGCAACCGGGCAGGUCCAGGAAGUAAACUUGCGGAUAACGCAUUGGAAGAAUAUAACCGUGCGCUCAGCGGAACCAACAUGGCGCUCCGGGACAUCGAGGCACAGAAGUCCGACUCUACGCUAGCUGCGGUCUUGAUGUUAGGAUUGUUUGAGAGUAUCACGGCCAAGCAGAUUGGUAUGUUGAACUGGGGCUCGCAUACCGAAGGUGCAAUCCAGCUGGUCAAGGCUCGAGGGAGAAAACAACUGAGGACCAAGACUGGUUUACAGCUGUUCAUCGCUGUCCGGACACAGAUGACUAUCCACAGUCUUACGACAGGAAAGGCUCCCAUUAUGGGAGCCGAAUGGUGGAUUACCGAUGCUGUCAAGGACCGAACAGCUGCACAGUCCCAGCGGCUCAUGAUCAAGACGGGGGAGUUGCGUGCUGAAAUCACAAGGCUGAUGGGCUUCAUGACGAGGACACCGGACAAUGUCGAGAUCAUGCUCGACAUGAUCCGAAAGGCACAGACGGUAGAUCAGGAGGUGGUCAGCUGGAUGAAGAAUGUCCCAGAGGACUGGCAUUUCCAGACAGUGGCGUGGGAGGACAACGUUCCGAAUGGCGACUACUCGAACGCCGAGGUCUUUCCUGGCCGGGUAGACAUGUACAAGGACUUCUGGAUCGCGAGCAUUUGGAAUUCGACGAGGGCACUUCGCCUAAUCCUCGCCUCCUUGAUUGUGCGGUGUGCCGCUUGGGUCUGCUCGCCGGUCGACUACCGGACGACGCCCGAAUAUGCGACGGCGGCGCGAACCUGCGUGGACACGAUCACGGACAUCCUCGCUUCGGUGCCGUAUCACCUCGGCUGGCACCUGAACAAGAAGCACAUCAUCCAGAGGGCCAACCUCGGGGGCUUCGCAUGCGGAGAAGAAGACACCACAAAGGGUCUGGCUGGUUACUUGCUCACCUGGCCCUUGACAUGUGUCAACGGUCAAGAUUAUACUACCGACGCACAACGCGCCUGGGUGAUAGGGAGAUUGAGGCACAUCGGGAAUGCAAUGGGCGUCAAGUACGCACAUAUCUUGAGUCAGCUGCAAGUCCGCAUCCCGUCGAUGCUGAUCCGCCGCGACGGACUCAUGGCCUCGCCGUACGGCGCGGCGCACAACUUCGAAAAACUACUGUCGACGGCGAGAUCCGCCCCGCCGACAGCGGGCUACGCGAUGAAUCCUCUGCAGCAGAGAGAGGCUAUGCAGAAGGAGCACUUCGAGAAGCAGAAGGCCGAUCUCCUUGCUAAGGCUGCUAGCGGUGACAAGGACUCGCAAUGGGCUGCUCAGAAGUGGCUCACGGUAUGA